CUAAAAGAAGAAGUACUCCCUCUUUCUCUCGCAUUUCUCUCGCUGUUUCUCCCGCGGAUCCGUCACGCUCCGCUUCACCGAAACAACCUCAAGGACAAGAAAAAGUUUUAUUUGUUUUAGUUUUUUUUUUUUUUUUCUCCGCCCACAGUUUUCCCGGGACUGAAGCUGUGGUCGUGGACAUUUAAUGCGCGUGUCGUGUGGAUGGAAUUUCAGGAAGGAAAACGCGCGCUCCCCGAGACUCAGGAUCAGGCUCAGGACUCACUCCGAAAACAUGACGGGACUUUUUCUUUUACUCUGCACUUUUACCCUCACGUCUGCGUCCCCGAAAGUUUUGCCUCCAGAGAACGUGAGACUGGUCUGGCUUGAUGACUUCUACCCUGAGCUGUGGUGGACGAAUCCCAAACAGCCCGUGGACAACUGCAAGUAUCACAUCAGGUCCACGAUCUGGAAAGAAGGAGACUUCGCACUGGCAACCGCCACACGUUCGUCACCGCCUUGGCCGGAAAGGCGGGAAAUAAACGGAGGCUUUCUCAACAUUUCGAUCCAAACGGUUUGCGGCAACGUCACGAGUGAGCGCGUCUUUACCGGCCUCAACGACCAGAGUCUGGGUUUGUCGUGCGCGAUUAAGUCCAGCGCGAUCACCCGGUGUUCCUGGAAACCUCUCCGUGAAGCACCGACUGCAAACAUCAGCUUCUUCUACGAUUUAUUAGACAGUGACGAAGAAGGUGAUGCUCCCUUUAAAUUCCGCGAGUGUCCACGUUACGCGGACAGGACGACGUGUCACCUGCGGAUGAACCUGACCCAGCAGCUCAGCGUCCUCCUCAAGGCCACGGUGGGCGGCAGGAUCGUGCGCAACGUUUACCAGCUCACCACUGUCCCACUUAAUCUCUACCCUCUGAACUGGACGAUUAAAGCGACGGGAGAGCUGUUCCACAUCAGCUGGCCCCCCCCGGAGUUCGCAGACUGGACGUACGAAAUUAAAUACACGGAAUGUAGCGAAACGCUUUCAAAAGAAUCCUCCGGACUCUCCGCUGAGCUGUACCGCCGGCCCGAGUGCUCCUACAGCAUCACCAUGAGAGGAGUUUCCGGAAGCAACGGAGACACCGAGUGGACGCCCGAGGAACGUUUCGACGCCGUUCCAGUCUUUAACCCGAUGUUGUUCGCCGUCGUUGUGAUUCCUCUGCUGAUGGCGGCGCUCGUCGUACUCUGCUUAUUGUGGUGCAUGAAACAUAAAGACAUAAUCUACCCGAAAGUCCCGCAGCCCAACCCGGAACUUUUUAAAGACAUCCUCAACAACAACAUCGACUUUUUUAUUCCGAAAAUUGAGGAGGAGUGCGACGUGAGCCUCGUGGUCAGACCGCAGCUUUGACGAACGACAAAACCCGACGUCGAGAGCUUCUAAAGUUUUUGUAUUUACCGUUUUUAAAAAAACCAAACAAAACAACAACGCAGACUCGAGUUAUCGCGGCGACAAAUGAAGGUCAUGUACUCGCAAUAUACUGUAUUUUAUAACUUUUACACGACGGCCCUCGGCGUUUUUAAAGGUGCAUUGUGUAACUUUCGUGGCAUUAAACGUUUCUGUCGUCGCGGAAACCAAACCAGACCUGGUCCAGACCGAGUUCCAGGUCAGAUCGGGUGUUUUUCGAGGUAUUUUUGAGCCGUAAAAAAAACCGUCUGUGUUUGAGUAAGUUUAAAGUCACACUGUGGAACAUUCCAAGCAGAGCAAUCACGUAUCCGUAGAAACGAGCAGGUGAAGGACCCACAAACCGAAAAGUUACACGGCAAAUUUUUAGAUUUAUUUUCGACUUAUUCGUUCUGAGACGUUUCGUUCUCGUCUAGAGGUCGAUUAUUUUAAGAAAAGUUGUCAAGUAAAAUUUAGACCUGGUUUAGACCUGGUUUAGACCUGGUUUAGACCUGGUU